AUGAAACAAGUAAAACCAACCGUAAAAUCAUCAGUUUCAAUUAACUUGAAAAAACCUAAACCAGUAAAACUGAGGAAACCUGGGAAACAAAUGAAGGAAGGUAAGCUGCAACCACCUAUGCAACACUAUGAGGAACGUGAGAUAGACCCAUUCAGCACAGACCUGCAGAAACCCAAGUAUAGGAAGAUAGAGACUGUAGUUAACACAUAUCGAUCCACUGGAACAGCUAACCUCAAGCAGACAAGUUGUAAGAGAAAUACUGGUGAAGGAGAUGAAGAGAAUGGAUGGUUUAAAAUAGACGGAAACAUUGAAGUUAGAAUGUCAAAGGAAAUUGGUAACGGAAAAACAAGUAAAGACUCAGUGUACUUCAAGUCAAAAACAGGAACUAUUACCAACUUCGAGAACAUUGAAAGUACUGCCGCAGCAAACCAGCAGUUGAUCCUAUUGAGAAUCGAAGCAUUUCUAAACCUAGGUAGCAACCGGAGGAUAAUGAAUAUUGAGAGUCACUACGUGAACAUCGCAAUGUACAAACCAUUGAAAGGUAGUUCCUACAUAAAGUUACCCCAGGAUAUCAGCAACUCAAUGUCAGGGCUGAUCAACAUUAGGAAUGAUGAUGCACUGUGCUUCUUGUGGUGCCACGUAAGACACCACAGACCGAAGAAAAACAACGCCACUUACAUAACGAAUAAGGACGUUGAAUACGGGGACGGUCUGGACUAUGAAGGAAUAAAGUUCCCAGUUAAGGUAGGCGACAUUGGAAAGAUUGAGAAAAAGAAUAAGAUCAACAUAACAAUGCUGGGCUACAAGGGAAAGAAGCGGUUCUACCCAAUCAGGAUCUCCAAGGAGAAAUACGAGGACCAUAUGGAAUUGCUAUUACUUGGAGACGGUAAAGGCAAACUCCACUACGUACUCAUAAAGGACGUUAACAGGUUACUAUGUAGUGUCAAUAACAAGAAAACUAAGAAACACUUCUGCCUGAACUGCUUCCACAACUGUGAGAGUGAAGAAUCCCUGGCUAAACAUAAGGAGACCUGCUCAUUAGUGAAUGGAGUGCAGGCGGUGAAGUUGCCGAAGGAGGGUACAAAAAUAAAGUUCAAAAAUCAUAAGAACCAGCUACCUGCCCCAUUCGUGAUAUAUGCCGACUUUGAGUCACUGCUGGUCUCCGAUAGAGACAGGGAAAUGGACGACACUGUGAAUGAAAGCUACACAAACAGAUAUCAGACUCGCCACGCAUGUAGCUUUGGGUUGAAACGUGUGUGUCACUACGAUGACUACCAGUCAGGUGAGUACACAAGUUACGUUGAAAAAGACGCAGCAUAUAGAUUCCUAAAGGCAGUUAUCAAAGAAACUGAGAUGUGUAAACAGAUUAUGUACAGUAAGUUUAAGAAACCGAUGACAAUAACAGAUGAACAGGAAAGUGAGUUCCAAGCUGCAACGGAGUGUCACAUAUGCUGUGGGAAAAUGGAAGGUGAUGACAAGGUGAGGGACCACUAUCAUGUCACAGGUAAGUACCGAGGAGCUGCACACAACAAGUGUAACCUCAACAACAAACUCUCAUGGAAAAUCCCAGUUGUAUUCCACAAUCUGAGAGGAUACGACUCCCAUCUAAUAAUGCAGGAGAUAGGGAACUUUGGACUUGAAAUAAAUGUGAUACCAAACAAUAUGGAAAAGUACUUGUCCUUUACACUAGGUAAACACUUAGUGUUCAUUGACUCGAUACAGUUCAUGGCUUCAUCACUUGAGUCACUAGCCAGCUUCCUUCCAAAGGAAGAGUUCCACCUGGUAGGACAGCGUUGGCAAGGAGAGGACUUUGACUUGGUAACACAGAAGGGAAUAUUUCCUUACGAGUUCCUGAGUAGCGCGAAGAAACUGAAGACAAAACAACUACCGGAGAAGAAAGACUUCUACUCAACUCUGUAUGAGUCGGAGGUAUCAGAUGAAGACUAUGAAAGAGCACGGCGAGUGUGGAAACACUUUGGAAUGAAAACGAUGAAAGACUAUCAUGACGUGUACCUGGAAACAGAUGUGUUACUAUUAGCCGACGUCUUUGAGAACUUCAGGAAGACCUGCUUGAAAAACUAUGGAUUGGACCCGGCACAUUACGUUUCUGCUCCAGGACUUAGUUGGGACGCGUUCCUGAAAAG